AUGAUUGCUCCGCCCCCCCCUCCCCCCGCCCCUCUCCCUCACCGGCUACUCCAGGCAAUUCAUCUCAUGGUCGGUGAAGUGGACAAUCGGGACGGGAAUAGUCCGGCCGAGAGAACGCGCGCAAUUUUCAAGAAAAUGGAUGCCAAUUGUGAUCGUGUUCUGACAAAAGAGGAAUUUAUUCAAGGUUGCCUGAACGAUGAACAUCUGUAUCGGUUAUUAGCACAAACGAAGGAGGGAAAGAAAAAGACAUGA